GAUUUACACAGGCAUCAGUUAUGCAACCUCUUUCUGAGGGCGCUGAAGUACGAUGAAACAAAGUAGUUGGUUGGAGUCCUGARCUGCUUUGAAAUGCCCUCCUGAAAUGGCUAACAGAACAAACGCUUCCGAGUAUUUCUGGUCUUACGAAUAUUACUGGGAUUACAUAGACCCAAUUCCAGUAGAUGGAAGGAAGUUGAAGGUUAAUAAAUAUACUAUCGUCAUAGCCUUUUGGGUUGGGCUUGCUGCAUUUGUGAUGUUUCUCUUCCUUAUUUUGCUUUAUAUGUCCCGCUCCGGAUCGACACCAAUCAAACAGGUGUUUGCAAGGAGACAGGCAGAAGAAAGCAGCUCCAAUGGUGAACAGCCUCACUGCGAUGACCACAGUAGCCCAGACUCAGAUUUGAUUGCUCCCGAAACACCGAACGCCCUUUCAGGGCAAACUGGCAUUCAUGGAAGUAUCUCAGCCUGAGUUAAAAUUGGAACUGAUUAAAAAUAAACAGCAGUGCAGUUCUCCUGACUACAGAGAAAGGAUCGAUAUUGUGACCACCUAUUAAACACUGAGGCUUGUGACCACCUAUUAAACACUGAGGCUACAAAGCAGAAUUAUUUCAGAAAAGAAGAAAAUUUUCUUUCAAAGGCCAGAAUUAAAAGCCCCAGACACAUAAAAGGAAAUCCUAACAGUCAUAUUUGAGCAACACUGCUGGAAUUGCCAUAUUAGAAGAGCAAUUUACUUCUCGAUAAUAUUGUCUGCAAAAUUCCUCUCUGGUUUAAAAUCCAGGCUCAGACUCGCCUCUCUCAGUUAUGCCCUGUACAGUGAGUACUGCCAUUGAGUGGUUCUCAUUUGCACCCAUUGCCUAGAGCAGAUUUACUUUCUGCAGCAGAAAGUGGAGAAAUUCCAGUUACGCCCAAGUGCUGUUCUGCUUUGCUUCCCUGAGGGUCCCGGCGUCCUCAGAGGUGUCUCUGCAGACCCACAGUUUUCACUGCAUUUCCUUACUAUAAGAGAAAACAAUACCCUGCUGAUUAUACUGKAUGGGUAGCAUAACCAGUAUUGUCUAUACAUCACGAGAGCUGCUGUAUCGAGAGCCAUUUAUUCCUAGCUCUGUCCUCAGGUCGCGCUCUCAAGGUCAGCUACAUCUUCCUGACAUCCCACUGACUGCAAAACAAACAACGAUGGCAGUGCAACACCAGCCAUCAACCUUUGCUUUCAGAAGAGUUACCUCUUUCUUCCCUAGCUUACAGCUCCGYCUGUCUUCCCUAGCUUAAUGCUCAGCCCAGAAUGUGCUUUUUUAUUUAUUUUCCUAUGGCAAAACCACAUGUGGCUUACUUAAAACUCACUAAAACUCAGUUCAGCUAGAACAGCCUUUAAGUGCUAAUGGAAGCACUGAUUAUCUCAAAUGUGUCAGUGAAUGAAGUCAAUAGCUUUUCCUACUGCCAGGAAAUACAGGGUUUUGCUAGUAGUAGUCAAUCAUCCUUAGCUAUCACUUGGAAAUGGUAGGUGGAAAAGGAACUUAGUAAUAUUGAAUAUUCUUGAAAUGGUAUCUGCCAGUUAUCCAGGCAUUCGAGAGAGAAAAGCRUGUUUGUCAUCCCCUGUAUGAAAGGGAGAUGCUGUCAAAAGCUCAAAAGCCUCACGGCAUUGCUGCCCGAGUGCUUGCUUUGGGCUGGGGCUCAGAACCAGCCUCUGGGCAGUUUGGGGGCGGGAUG